AAAUAGAGGCGAAUGGCUGAGUUCCAAAUCGAGGAAGGAGGGGAGAGAGGCGAGGUGGAGUGAAGGUGUAGCCUCCUGCAGCCACUUCAAAUCAACAUGUUUGUGUUUCACUAGCUGGAAGCCACAUUGUAAGGAGCAGUGACAGAAAAUGAAGUGGUUGUUAACUGUGGUAGUGCUGGUGGGGAUCACCGGCGUUCACAACCACACAACCAUCCUGGAGGAGGUCCAGCACCCACGACCCGUCCGUCAGGUCGUCUUUCCAGGUCAAGGAGGCAGGCCAGGAGGGGGGCCAGGAGGCAGGCCAGGAGGCAGGCCAGGAGGCAGGCCAGGAGGGGGUCCAGGAGGGGGUCCAGGAGGGGUACCAGGUGUUCCAGGAAGCAGUGGUUGCAACUGUGUGUACCUUGUGUCCUGCGCUCAGUUCCUGGAUCUGAUCCAGCAGAGCUGUGACCUUGGUGGUGGUGUCCCUGGUGUCUGCUGCCCAGCCUCUGCCGCUGCUGUUGGUUUUCAGGCAGCGCAGGGCAUCGAUAUCAGAAAUAUCUUCUCUGCACCAGCUAGUGUCAGUAUACAGCAGCUGGAUGAAAGCAAGAUGGAACAGUCAAUAAAUACUGGACAGAACUUUAUCAGCAAUAUGGACGAGAUCGAGAAGAGCCUUAUCAAGAACUCCCUCGUCCUGCCCGUGUUCUCACCGGCUGGUCAACAUCUACGAGUCUUCAUCAUCGAUGAAGGAGCAAAGGAGAUGGAUCGCAGGGCUCUGGCUAUUCUUGCAGCUUCUAGACAACUUGCAAAUGAUUUCGACCUGACACCGCGACAAGGAGGACUAGGCUUGAAGUCCACAGCAGUGAGCGGUACACAACUGGAAGACAUGUGUCCACGGGAUCCCAGCUGCACUAGUCCUAACUCCAAGUACCGUACUGCUGAUGGAUCCUGCAACAACCUUGCUAACCCAUCCUGGGGCAAGAGCAACACUCCCAACCAGAGGAUCUUACCACCAACUUAUGAGGACGGAGUGUUUGAACCUCGCUCCAGAGCAGUUGAUGGCUCUCCUCUCCCCAAUGUGCGUCGCAUUAGCAGUAACGUGUUGUUAGACGUAAAUCAGCCAGACGAGGCCUACACAUUGUCCCUCAUGGUGUGGGCACAGCUCAUCGACCAUGAAUUUGCCCAUGUUCCUUUCCCUACUAUGGAUAAUGGAGAUGGAAUUGAAUGUUGUCCUAAUGGAACACUGGUAGCUGAGAACCUUCGUCAUCCAAGGUGCAUGCCCAUUGAUCUCACUGGUGACCCCUUCUAUGGUCCCCAAGGCAGAACCUGCAUGAACUUCGUCAGGAGCAUGGUUGCGGUCAGAACGGGUUCGGACUGCACUUUUGGUCAUGCUGAGCAGCUGAACCAGCUUACACACUGGAUAGACGCCUCUGUGGUGUAUGGCUCCACUCAGGACCAAAUGAAGGACUUGAGGUCAUUCAGUAACGGACUCAUGAAGAUCUCUGGUAACAACCGCUAACCCAUUAACAGACCAGGAGGAGACUGCGAGGCUCGGGAACGUGGAGCUUUCUGCUUCACUGCAGGUGACUCACGAGUGAACGAGCAGCCUAGCUUGACCGGUCUUCACACCCUGUGGGUGAGACAGCACAACCGUGUAGCAGGAGAACUUCAGAGACUGAACCCCCAGUGGUCAGACGAGGCUGUCUUCCAGGAGACCCGCAGGAUCAUCAUUGCUCAGGAACAACACAUCAUUUACAACGAGUGGCUCCCCAUCAUCAUAGGAAGAAACUUUAUGAGAGCCUUUGGUCUGAGUCCUCUUCUUUCGGGCUUCAGCAACGACUACAACCCCAGCAUCAACCCCAACAUGAACAAUGAAUUCUCUGCAGCAGCCUUCAGGUUUGGACACACCCUGGUGCAGGGAACCCUUCGAUUGUUCACGCAAAGUGGCGGUGUUGACACCAUCAGGCUCCGCGACCACUUUAACUCUCCUCAUCUGAUAGAGUUGCAAAAUCGACUGGACGAUGUUGUUCGAGGCUUCACUCAACUUGCUAUACAGAAGUUUGACUCCUUCAUCACACAGGAUUUGUCUAACCAUCUGUUCCAGACUCCCAGGUUUAACUUUGGAAUGGACUUGAUGAGUCUGAACCUUCAACGCGGCCGCGACCACGGCAUCGGCACCUACAACAGCUUCAGAGAGAUCUGUGGUCUGCCGCGCGCUCGUACCUUCAACGACCUCUUAGAUCAGAUCAAUCCUGAAAACGUUCGAAAACUAGCCAGAGUUUACAAGAGUGUUGAUGAUAUUGACUUCUUCGUGGGUGGAAUCACUGAGAGGCCUGUACCUGGCAGUCUCCUGGGCUGGACCUUCCUCUGUGUCGUGGGAGACCAGUUCGCCAGACUCAAGAAGGCAGAUCGAUACUUCUACGACCUCAGAGGACAACCAGGCUCCUUCAGCGAAGCUCAGCUGCAGCAAAUCCGUCUCUCCUCAUGGGCCAGGAUCAUAUGUGACAACGCCAACAUUGCGGCCGUCCAACCACUCGCUUUCAGGCAGACAAACAGCAGAUUUAACCAGCCAGUGGCGUGUAAUAAUCCAAUCAUCCCACGACCUGUGUGGUCACCUUGGCGCGGGGAGACUGUUGUUGUCUAGCUGUUGUGCUGUGUGGCUCUCAUGGUACCUUGCCUCUUUCAUGGUACCUAGCUUCUCUCAUGGUACCAUAUCUCUCUCAUGGUACAUUGCUUCUCUCAUGAUACCUUGCCUCUCUCAUGGUACCUUGCCUCUCUCAUGGUACCUUGCCUCUCUCGUGGUACCUUGCAUCUAUCAUGGUGCCUAACUUCUCUCAUGGUGCCUUGCCUCUCUCAUGGCGCCUUGCCUCUCUCAAGGUCCCUAGCUUCUCUCCUGGUACCUUGCAUCUCUCCUGGUGCCUUGCAUCUCUCAUGGUACCUUUCCUCUCUCAUGGCACCUUGCCUCUCUCAUGGUACCUUGCCUCUCUCAAGGUCCCUAGCUUCUCUCAUGGUACCUUGCCUCUCUCGUGGUACCUUGCCUCUAUCAUGGUGCCUAACUUCUCUCAUGGUGCCUUGCCUCUGUCAUGGUGAGUAACUUCUCUCAUGGUACCUAGCUUCUCUCAUGGUACCCUGCCUCGCUCAUGGUACCCUGCCUCUCUCAUGGUACCUUGCCUCUCUCAUGGUACCUUGUUUCUCUCGUGGUACUUUGCUUCUCUCCUGGUACCUUGCCUCUCUCAAGGUACCUUGCCUCUCUCAAGGUACCUUGCCUCUCUCAAGGUCCCUAGCUUCUCUCAUGGUACCUUGCCUCUCUCGUGGUACCUUGCCUCUAUCAUGGUGCCUAACUUCUCUCAUGGUGCCUUGCCUCUCUCAAGGUCUCUAGCUUCUCUCAUGGUACCUAGCUUCUCUCAUGGUACCUAGCUUCUCUCCUGGUACCUAGCUUCUCUCCUGGUACCUAGCUUCUCUCCUGGUACCUAGCUUCUCUCCUGGUACCUAGCUUCUCUCCUGGUACCUAGCUUCUCUCAUGGUACCUAGCUUCUCUCCUGGUACCCUGCCUCUCUCAUGGUACCUAGCUUCUUUUAGGGCACCUAGUUCCACGGUCUCUGAUGAGACACUGCUCUAUUGCCUUGCAUAUUCUCUCACAGACUACUUGCUGUGUGUUCCUGACCUUAAAUUAUGAAUGACACGAGGGUGACAUGAGGGUGACAUGUGGGUGGCAUGAGGGUGACAUGAGGGUGACAUGAGGGUGACAUGAGGGUGACAUGAGGGUGACAUGAGGGUGACAUGAGGGUGACAUGAGGGUGACAUGAGGGUGACACGAGGGUGACACGCUUGACCAGUCACUCCACACCUCCUUUUUAAUAUAAAUAAAUAAAAAAUACGAAGU